AGGUACGAUGCACGAGUGAGGGACCUUUUGGACUUCAGCAUUUACUUGGACAUUAGCAAUGAAGUCAAAUUCGCAUGGAAGAUUCAGAGGGACAUGGCCGAAAGAGGACACAGCCUCGAAAGCAUCAAAGCCAGCAUCGAAGCCCGAAAACCGGAUUUCGACGCCUACAUUGACCCACAGAAGCAAUAUGCGGAUGCAGUCAUAGAAGUAUUGCCCACACGACUCAUCCCUGACGACAAUGAGGGCAAGUACUUGAGAGUGAGGUUGAUUCAGAAAGAAGGGGUUAAGUUCUUCAACCCGGUUUACUUAUUUGACGAGGGCUCGACUAUUUCAUGGAUACCGUGCGGCCGCAAGCUCACGUGCUCUUACCCGGGCAUCACGCUCGACGAGCUCAUAUACGUCGAGAGCCACCUCAGCAACAUCUCGACCAAAUUCUAUGGCGAAGUUACUCAGCAAAUGCUGAAGCAUGCGGAUUUUCCAGGCAGCAACAAUGGGACGGGCCUUUUCCAGACCAUAAUCGGGUUGAAGAUCAGAGACCUUUACGAACAGCUCACGUCAACCAAAACCGGGGCCCGUUUGGAGGCUACAAAGGCC